CGUGACCUUUUCAAGGUCUGUUCGUCUUCCUUUCCGUCUGCAGCAGUGUGCUUGACGAGACAGCUCCAUUUGAAUUCCAACUUCGCUUGAAUUAAAACUUGCGAAAUGGCGUUGAACAAACUGAGCAUUGAUGCCCUGAGCUUGGCUGGCAAGCGAGUGCUCAUCCGUGUUGACUUCAAUGUUCCUUUGAAGGAAGGCAAAAUUACCAACAACCAACGUAUUGUCGCUGCUCUUGAAACUGUCAAGUAUGCUCUUAGCAAAGACGCUAAGUCAGUUGUUCUCAUGUCACACUUGGGUCGUCCCGAUGGGAGCCGUAACCUGAAGUACACCAUGAAACCUGUGGCUGAGGAACUGAAGAAACUUUUGAAUACUGAUGUCACAUUCCUGGACGACUGUGUCGGUCCCGAUGUAGAGAAGGCUUGUGCUGACCCUGCCAAGGGCUCUGUUAUUCUGUUGGAGAACCUGCGUUUCCAUGUUGAAGAAGAAGGAAAGGGAGUUGAUGCUUCAGGAAACAAAAUUAAGGCUACACCUGAAGCUGUCAAGGCAUUCAGGGAAUCUUUGCGCAAACUUGGAGAUGUCUAUGUAAACGAUGCUUUCGGCACUGCUCACAGAGCCCAUAGUUCAAUGAUGGGAGAUGGCUUUGACCAGCGUGCUUCUGGAUUCCUGCUUAAAAAAGAACUUCAGUACUUUGCCAAGGCUUUGGACAACCCGCAGAAGCCCUUCCUUGCAAUUUUGGGUGGUGCCAAGGUUGCUGACAAAAUUCAGCUUAUUGAAAAUCUGCUGGACAAAGUUUCAGAGAUGAUCAUCGGAGGUGGUAUGGCUUACACCUUCUUGAAGGAGUUGAAGGGAAUGAAGAUUGGUACUUCUCUGUAUGAUGCUGAGGGAGCCAAGAUUGUCAAGAAACUUGUUGAGAAGGCUGAGAAGAACAAUGUAAAGCUUCACUUGCCUGUUGACUUUGUGACUGCUGACAAGUUUGCCGAGGAUGCUACUGUGGGAGCAGCAACCUUGGAGGAGGGUAUCCCUGAUGGGUGGAUGGGACUGGAUGCAGGUCCCAAAACUAUUGAGCUGCUCAAGGAGCCCAUCAAGAGAGCCAAGGUUAUUGUAUGGAAUGGACCCAUGGGCGUCUUUGAAUUUGAGAAUUUCUCCAAGGCAACAAAGGCUGUCAUGGACACUGUGGUUGAGUCAACUGCCGCAGGAACCAUCACUAUUAUUGGAGGUGGUGACACUGCCACUUGUGCAGCCAAGUGGAACACAGAGUCUAAAGUCAGCCAUGUCAGCACUGGUGGUGGUGCCAGUUUGGAACUUCUUGAGGGAAAGACACUGCCCGGAGUUGCUGCUCUCACCAAUGCCAACUGAGGAAGAAAUACUCUUAAUGCCUAGGUUUUAUAUAGGAAUUUUAAUUUUCCAGAGCCAAGUAUGACCGAGAUAUGUUGUUAACAUUUAUCCUGUAGUCAUGUUUGUCAUGAUCUAAGUUGAAUUGUCUGCUGAAAAUAUUUAUUAUAGUUAAUACUGUAAAGAUCCUGCAAUGAAACUUUUUUUUUUAUUUGAAGAUAUUGUUCUAGUCUUAAUUUGAAAAUUAAAUCUGGCUGUUUUUAAAGUAAAACAAUUUGUUUGAUUCCAUAGUCUGAGUAGAAUUGUUCCAUGAGAUGUUAAUUCUUUUUCUUCUUCCUGCAUCUGCAGGUUCAAUUUAUUUUUUACAAUCAGUGUUGUAGCAUUGCCUUGUCACUGCCUUUUUUUUGUUCAAAACAAAUGCUGUCUUUUACUGGAAGCGCAUUGAAUGGUACUCUCAAACUUGUACGUACAAUAAAAUGGAUUCGGGAACAGCUCUA